GAUGUAUAAAACCCUGCAGACCUCUGAAGUCGCGACUCGCAGGACUUUCCAGAAUCAGAGCAGAUAUUUCUGAAAAGUUCAGCUGCAUCAACCGAAGAAAAUCAAAAGAUGAAGCCAGUCCCCCUCCUGCUGCUCCUCUCCUCCUUCCUCCUCUCCUCACACCUCCACCCUGCUGCCGGCAGACCGCGCUCCCUCCCCGGCUGGAUGGAUGGCAGCAGCCGCUUCCAGACGCAGCAAACGGACGAUGUUCUCCUCAGAGCGGCCGCGGACCGCGCCGCCUCGGAUCUGGUGGGUGACAACCUGCUGAGGCUCCUGCAGCGGAGGGAUCCGGACCGCCUCCACCUGCUGCCGCCCGAAGCUGACGCCGAGGAGGACGAGGCGCUGAGGACCGCCGAGCAGCUGCUGAAGCGCAGCGAAGACCCGCAGCUCUCCAUCGACCUAACCUUCCACCUGUUGAGGAACAUGAUCCAGAUGGCGAAGAUGGAGAGCCAAAGGGAGCAGGCUCAGCUCAACCGCAAGGUGCUCGACGAGGUGGGGAAGUGAAGCUUUCAGAGGAUGCCUACUCAAAGUAUCCAAGAAGACCUCUUAACAACUUCAGUUCGUGCGCCUGCCUUCCCAUUGACAUUUUACGCACACAUGGUGACAUUUUACGCAUCUGUUUUACAAAAGAAAAAAUGAUGGAAAACAUAGAAAAAGACUUCUCAUCCCCAUCUU